AUGGACUCCACAGCCCUAAAAAACUUGCAGGACAAUUGUACCUGUCUCAUUUGCUCAGAUUUCAUGGAAGACCCAGUGACCAAUGGGUGUGGUCACAACUUCUGUCAUGCCUGCCUCUGUCUGCUCUGGAAUGAUCUAAAAGACACUUUUUGCCCUGUCUGUCAGACUCACUUGCCACAGAGAAGCUUAAGCAGGAACCAUCAGUUCCGAAACAUGAUUGAAAUCAUUAGGCUCCUGCCGAAGAGACAGAGGAAGAGGAAGAGGCAGGAAGAACACACAGUGUGUCAGAAACAUGAUCAGCCUCUGGUCUUGUUUUGCGUGAAGGAUCGGGAUGUCUUAUGUACCAAGUGUAGUCUCUCUGUCGAACACCAGGGCCAUUACACCUGCUCCAUUAAGAAAGCUGGUUCUUAUCACCAGAAAGUUCUAAAGAUGUCCAUUGAAAGUGUUAAGUGGGGAGUGAAGGAAGCUGAAGAAAAGUUAGCUCUGCAGCACAGAAGAGUUCUUGGACUGAGAAAGAAGACGGAAUAUCAAAAGAAAAAAAUAAGUUAUGAAUUUGCCCAAAUCAAACUAUUCCUGCAAACUGAGUAUGAGGCAUGUCUAAAUGAGAUAAAUAUCAAUGAGCUGGUGAGUUUCUCAGAACUGAAUGGAUAUCUUGAGACCCUGUCAGACCAUGUUUCCACAGCAAAAGAUCUGUUGAAGGAAGUGGAGGGCAUACAUGAAGCGUCAGAUGUCAUACUCCUGACAAGCACUCUGACAGCCUACCACAGGUUGCAAAACCUUAAAUACCCCAAACCGUGGUCAUUCAGGACAGAGCAAUAUGGCCUCAGUCUCCCACCACAGUAUUCUGGCUUGAACAGAAUCAUCAAGAAAUUUCAAACAGAUGUGACUUUUGAUCGUAACACAGCACACCCUCAGCUUGUUAUUUCUGAGGACAGAAAAUCUGUGUUUUAUAAAGAAGCAAGGCAAUGUGUGGGUGCUAGCCCUCAGUCAUUUCACCCCUGGCCCGCUCUCCUGGGAUGUAAAGGAUUCUAUUCUGGUCGACAGUACUGGGAAGUCAAAGUGGGAGACAAGCCCAGAUGGGCAUUGGGUGUGUGUCAAGCCCGUUUUUCUGGGGACUGGAGCAACUGGCCCUCAGGCUUCUGGGCAAUUGGGCGGCACACUGAGAAUGGCUAUGUCACCUAUGGACCUAUGAGAACUGAGUUUCUGCCAGUGGUGCAACCCAGCAAGAUCGGCAUAUUUUUGGAUUAUGAAUUGGGGGAGCUGUCCUUCUAUAAUAUGAAUGACAGGUCUCUUCUCUACACUUUCAGGAAUUCUUUUCCUGGCACCCUUUGGCCUUAUUUCUAUACAGGUACAGAUUCUGAAGCUCUUGAAAUCUUAACCCACCCCACACCAGACACAGGGUCUUACCAAGUUCUAGGCCAAUUUAGCCAGCACAUUUAA